AUGCAACAGGAGACCUUUGAGGAGGGUCUGCGCAAGAGCGAAUCUUCCGAGACGGGACGCCUGGGCCGAACGAGCGUGGCUCUCCUGGAGGGCCAGCCCCCGAACCACCAGAUGGUGGUCACGAUGGCCGUGGGGCAAUCCCAGGCCCUGGGCUCGAGCCGCGGGGCACACCACGCGGCGCUGCUCUCCAUCGGGGCGGUGCACAUCGACAUCCUCCAGCACCCCGUGGUGCUGCAAAGCAUGGUGACGCGCCCCAGCAAGCAGCUCUCCACCACGCUGCAGGAGCUGCGCCGGAGCGGGCCCGGGCGCUCCGCCGAGCGACCGCCCGCGGAGGAGGCCGCCCUGGGCAGCCCGACCCCGCUGGGGUCGGACCAGCGGACGUUGCGCCCCGUGGUGCGCCUGGACCUGGUGCUGGAGGGCCUGACGACGGCGGCCUCGCUCCUGCCCUCCCUGCGAGCUCACUAUCACAUGAGGCCCCUGACGGGCACGGGACGCACGGGGGCCCAAGCCCGCUUCACGGUGCACCUGCCCCAGCACUCGCUCAACUUUAACACCAAGGUGCCCCCGGCUUGCGAGGCCAACCUACCAUCCCGGGCCAGCGUGGAACUACCACCUGUCCAGGUGGCGGCCGAGUACCUCCAGGACCCCGGGAGUCCUUCGCAGCGGGACGCAGACGGCGUGGUGCUGCGUCGUGGCAGCUACCUGAGUGCCCUUGCUGAGAUUGGCACCUUCGAGCACAGCCUGACCACGGACCUGCUCAACCACUUGGUGCUCGUUCAAAAGGUCUUCACGAAGGAGGUGAACGAGGUGGUGCAGAAGAUGUCUGGCACUCGGCCCCUGCGGCUGUGGGAGGGGGCCGGGGGGGGGGGGGGGGAGGGCAGGGGAGGCCGCCUGCUCUUCUCGCUCCAGCUGCGUCUGCGGGGCAUCCGCCUCACGGCCACCACCCCGACGGCCAGCGCUGUGCGCCUGCAGACGGGCACGCUGGACCUGCAGCUCUCCAACCGCGCCCAGAACGCCUCCCGGGCCGUCUCGGCCAUGAAGCUCUUCGGCAAGGGCCAGGUUGACCUCAGCCUCGCCCAGAGACAGCUCCUCAAGAAUACUCUGUUUGAAGAGGCGGAGCUGCUGCAGUUUGCUUUCUUCAAAACUCGCAUCUGCCUGCGCAAUGCGUUGCAGAUGCCCCCUUUUUGUUGGCCACUGGACGAGAUGAUCUCCAGCUAGUACGACGACAAGGAGGCGGUCCUCGUUACUUUGAACCGGCCCAUGAUCUACUUCCAGCCAGUGGCCCUGGAUAAAGCCGUCCUGGUGUGGCUCAACUACAAGAACGCUUACGAGUACUGGAACGAGCAGAGGGGCAGCCUCAAUAAAGAGGUGCUGACGGCUACGCAGCAGGUGUUUGAACGUGUGCCCCAGUUCUCGCAGCUCAGCAGUCAGUCCCUUGGGAACCUGUUCCUGCAGCUGACAGUUCAAGACCUGGGCAUCUGCAUGCCCAUCAGCAAGGGGGCACUGACCAACAGCCGGCUGUACGAGUCGGACAGUACGGCGGCAGUGGUGGUGACCCUCGAGAACACCCGCAUCUCGGCCUGCUCCUGCGGAUCUCUCGUGAGCAAGACACGUUUCACAGGGUUGUGUUUGCGCUUUGCGGAGGACUUUGAGGUCUCCCUGGACGACUGGAAGCCUGACCCGAGCGAUUCAAGCACCACGAACCUGUGCGUGGUCUCGGAGGGCACGUACGAGAUCUGCUCGCGCACCAUUGUGGCGCAGGCCGGCAGCAAUGCGAAGUGGAUCCUGAACGUGCUGUGGCAGAUAGAGGGCGUGGACAUCCACGUGGACACGAGCAUCAGCAAAGCUCUCUCGACGCUGUUCCGCACCCUGACGGCCCUCACGGGGGACGGGGACGACGGGGGAAGCCCCGAGGAGCAGGCCGCUCAGGAGCCCGUGACCCUGCGUCAUGCAUGUCUGCAUGACGCCAAAAAGCGGUCCCGGCUGAUUGAAAAGGAAAUGAACGAGCAGGCCAAGAUCAUCAGCGACCUACGCUUCCUGGGGGCCAGCCAAAGCACCAUCGAGCAGGAAGAGCGCCGCCUCAAAGAGCUUGAGACGGCCGUCUUUAACGACUUCCGUCGUUACUUCAUCAAGAAGCUGCACAGACAGAGCGUCAAGGUGGCCUCGAUCAAGGAAAAACUGGGGCUGGGCCCCAUGUCACGGCUCGUGCCAGGCACCCCCGAGGAGGAGACCCGGCAGGGGCCCCCCCAGCACGGCCAGGCACCGCCCCCUACGUCGAGCGGGGUCUCCUCAUCCCCCGGGGGGGCCAAGGAGGCCGGGGUACACGUGCGCACGGCUUCCCUCGACAUGUCAGACCUGCCCGCAUCCCCUAGGAGGCCCCUCGUGCACAGGGAGCUGUCCCUGGACAGCGUGCUCUCGCAGACGAGUAUGAGCAACAGCGGUGCACCGACUCCGACGAGUGAGCCCUCUGAGCCGACCACGAGUCCCCAGGACGAGGUCCCCCAAGUCCCCACAUCUGGUGACGCGCACGGGGGCCAGAGCCCGCCCACUGCCCCGCAGGGCAGCCGGCAACAGGCAGAGCCCAGCAUCGACUUUGAGCUGGACAUCAAGGUGUUCUUCAACAGCGGGGAGUGCGUCCUGCACACCAGGGACCCCGCCAGGGAGGAGGAGGCCCUCAGGAUGGCACGUCCCAUGCGCAAAGAGCGCAGCUUCUCGGGGGGCCUCCCCGAGGGGGGCUCCCCCACGCGGCGCCGGAGCGGGCCCCACAGCCACCCGUCGUCGUCCUGGAUGCGCUUCGCCCCCGCGGCCACGACCACGCAGGUGGCAGACUUCACCAUCUUCCUUGUGCCGGGGCUGGAUGUCAAGGUUCACUACAACUCGUGGACAGUGGGUGGAGAGAGCCCCGUGGGACUGGAGCCACCUGCUCGCAAGGGUGGCCUCAGGAAGGCCACCCUCUUUGCCUGGAUCACCUUGCAGAGCAUUCCGGAGAUGGGCCCCUUGUCUUGGCAGGAGACGGUGAUCAGCCCCCACAUUCUGGACUUCCUGGAGCAAGCCCUGGAGGCUAUUCCCUUGCAGCAGGCAUCCAAGGCCUCUCCCGUUGCAUCACUGGACGCCGCCCUGGUGUUUGAGGAGAGCCAGUACAGCUCGUUCCCAGUGGACGUGAUCGUGUACUCCCGGAUGCAGCCGUCGAUCCUGCGCUUUAGCUGCCUGCCCGUGUCGCGGGUGGAAUGCCUGCUCCGGCUGCCCUCGCUGGACCUGGCCUUCUCGUCCAAGCGGGCCGACGAGGGCCCCGUGGGCGGCCUCUCGGCCACGGGUUGUCUGGCCGACUUCUCCCUCUACAUCUUCCACCCGUACGGCGGCGCCAAAAAGAUGCCCUCGUCGGCGGCAGACGCGUCGCCGCUGGCCGUCUUGGAGCGCAAGGACUCCCUCUCCCUCCAGGUGGAGUUCGUCAAGGUGAACAUGAGCCAUAGCCGCCACCUGGGCCCAGACGGCGGGCGCGCUCUCAUCCGCUUCUCGGCCCUGUGUGACGUGGGCUCGGCCUCCUUCAAGUACGACAUGCGGCGCCUCACGGAGAUCCUGGCCUUCCCCAAGGCCUGGUACCGGCGCAGCAUCGCUCGCCGCAUGUUCCUGGGGGACUCCGCCACCGCAGGCUCCGCCUUCGGGAACCCGGCGGAAGACUCGGCGGCAGAGACGAGCAGCAGUAGCGGCACCCUGUCCCCGAGCAGGGCUGACUCCUUCCCUUCCGGGAGCCUCGAGCUGGACUCUCCCGAGGAGGACGCAGCUCCGCCCGAGCGCCCGGCUCCUGCCCGGGCCCCGGGUCAGGCGUGGGAGACCCUGCUGCUGUACGCGCUGAACUUGUCCCGGCUCAACGUCCACAUGAACAUCGGCAACGUCAUGGGCAACACGUCGUGGCUCACCCAGGGGUUCAGGUCCCAAGGGCGGCUGGCCAUCGACAGCCGAGGCCACAAGGACAUGAGCCUGGCAGUGGACCUGGAUGGCUCCAGCCUGGACGUGAAAGGCGGCAUCGUGGGCGGGGCCAUUGAGCUCGGCCACAUUCACACUCGCAUGGGUCUGCAGGAGAGCUGGGGCCGCGAGCCCGUGCACACGCUGACCCUUGCCCUGUGGGCGGCGGAGAGCCGCCUGGAUUACAUGGGAAGCAGCGUGCUCAUGGGGCGGGUCUCGCGCCUGGCCCUCGAGCUCGGGGAUGAGUGGCGCCUGUGCGAGGGCUGCGAGGCCACCAAGCGGCCCGCCCUGCUGUUUGUCCACGGUCAGGUGCACUGGGACCAGCUGUAACUGCCGCUCUCCAAGUCCACCACCCCCGACCUGGCCAAGAUGGGCUCCAAGCUGGAGGAGUUCUUCUCGCAGCAGUUCCACAGCAGCCGCCGGGUCUUCUCCUUCCUACGCCUGGCGGGGCACGCCCGCCGGGCGCCCAGGGGCCGCGGGGGCGCUGACGAGGGCCCCAGCCGCCAUGCACAGCAGCGUCACUGGCAGGGUGCCCUGUCCCUGGUGUCUGGACUCCAGCUGGGUUGGGGCCUGAGGCUUCCCCUGCACGGCACUCUGGUCGGAGGUAGCAUGGACCUCCAGGGUGGCAACGUGUCCCUGACGUGCUUCCACGGGGUGAGCUUCCGGUCCAAGGCCUGGGCGCUGUUCAGCCUGCGCCAGCCCAGCAUCCACUUCGCCACCGAGGCCCAGGACGUGCUGGGGCCCCAGGCGGCCGUGGACACGCACGUGGUCCAGCACCUGACCUUCCGGCUGGGCACCGGCGGCACGGGCGCGGGCAGCAUGGCCACCGUGUGCCGCAUCAGCCGCAACGUGCUCUUCCCACCCCAGUUCAAGACGGUCAACGAGUGGUUUCAUUACGCCUUUGCCAGCAGCGAGCUGGACGACGUGGGCCGCUUCCCGGCCUUCGAAGGGCGCCCCACGCCGACCAGUGGCCCCGAGGCCGGCCACACAAUGGAGAUGAUCUUCACCUUCCCCAGCCUCGAGCUCCACCUCAAGACGGAGCAGCUGCAGGGAGAGCACAGCCCCGGUCCCGACGAUUCCCGGCCCGUCGUGGAGUGCAGCUUUGUGACGGAGUUUGACGACCACAUCUUUGUGGCCGUGGACGCGGAAGCCUUCUUCUUCCUGCAUGACCUGAUAAUGUCCUACAUUCGAGAGAAAGAUGGUGCCUCGGUGGGCGGCAAGAGCCAGUCGCCGGAGAGCGAGCGUCGCAAGCGUGGUAGCGUGGUGGAGCCACUGGAGCCCCUGCACCGAGACUUCCGCGACUACCAGUGCUACACGUGGCACCUGGAGCCUACGGUGCGGCUGCUCUCCUGGGCGGGCAAGGGCAUAGAGCCCUACGGGGUGGACUACAUCUUGCACAAGCUGGGCUUCUCUCACACCCGCGUCACCAUCCCCAAGUGGCUGCAGCGCGGCUGCAUGGACCCCCUGGACCUCUUCCUCUCGCUCAUGCUCGAGAGGAUGCUGAAGGCCGUGCGCCAGCCCUGACUCUUGUUGUGCUGCACAUUGUUAUAGGUAGAAGACAGUGUUCUGCUUCUUUCUGUGUAAAUAAAUGUUUUCCACAAAAAUAAA